UGUAUGAUGGUGAAGUUUGUUUUACAAUCCAAACGAAUGCGUUGAAACGAGGCGAAAUAAUGAGGGUCGAAAACUCGACGUCUACUUUUAUAUGCUUGUUUCGACGCAGGCAACCAAUCAGAAGCCCCGAAAGAAUAGGAAAAGCAAGAAUGGCAAGAAGAAAGCACCCCUCGUGCGGGUAUAAAAGUGGCAGUCCGCCAGCGGAAGGCAUCAGUUUCAUUACAACCGUAGUCGAACACCGAACUAAACAUACAAAAUGACUGGCCGUGGUAAGGGAGGCAAAGGACUAGGAAAAGGAGGCGCUAAGCGUCAUCGCAAGGUUUUGCGUGAUAACAUCCAGGGUAUCACCAAGCCCGCCAUCCGUCGUUUGGCUCGUCGUGGUGGAGUCAAGCGUAUCUCUGGUCUUAUCUACGAGGAAACCCGUGGAGUGCUGAAGGUAUUCCUGGAAAAUGUCAUUCGUGAUGCUGUUACCUACACUGAACACGCCAAGCGUAAAACCGUAACCGCCAUGGAUGUUGUCUACGCUCUGAAGCGUCAGGGACGUACUCUGUACGGUUUCGGAGGUUAAAUCGUAUCCAUAUUUCCGCUCUCAAAACGGCCCUUUUCAGGGCCACCAAACACAUUCCCAAAAGAGUUAUCAGGUCAAAAUUCAAUUACUAAUAGCAGUCUGCCAUCGUACGGUGUUAUGUAUCCAACAAGCAAGUUUUUGAUUGCCGUCAUGAACGACUCGUAAACCCCUCCUCCCGACACAUUCUCCGUUUCAUUCGUAGCCAUCAGGCUGUGUGUUUUGUUGUUGCUCUAGAGUUCAGAUAAGUUUAUUCCUGUUUUCCAAGUUUACGCUGUAUUAGCAGAGCGAAUACGAUUAGCAGCUCGACGAAAUCUCAAGAAACAGUUACUACCUAAAUCGUUCGUUUUGACGCCUUCAACUAUCCACACAAGUUCCAUCUAGCUUCAUACCACUCACGUGCAUGCAUCUCCUACCCGGACUUCAUUGUCAGGUAGCAAUCGUUCGUGCUGAUUCUGCAUAACUGUACCAUUCCGUUUUUGCUUGUUUUGCUUAACUUCAUUUUUUUCGGUAUGCGUUGUUGAGCAUCUGGCGCAUACCACCGUGCAGUGAUUGAUUGUAUAUAAUGAAUGUGUGUCAUCAUAUUUCACUCAUCUUAAACAAAACUAUGAAACCAGUUGAUAAUCCGUUUUCGACUGAGCACCCACAAACCGCUUCCAACGUCGUCAUCCACAUCGUUAACACACCCAGAUUGUGGUGCAAAAUUACUUCGGAAACGCGCGAAAACUAACUCGAGUGAUCUGUGCAAUCACAAAGCACCAUGUAAGCAUGGUAUUCGCUAAGAGAUUUGAGUCCGAAUUCAUGUUCUACUACAACUAGGCUGUCAAGGACAAGUGACGAACUCAUUAUGGCUUCAUCGAAUAGUGAUCGUAGAACAGAUUGUUUGUGAGCUUUUAAAAAAUGGGAAAAUCUUAUAAAUUUUUAAUAUUUGCAUAUAAAUUCUCAAAUUUACUUGAUUCCAACGAAAAUAGCUUUGACGCGAAGUGUCAUACUAAUACUCUUUACUUCUGCAUUCGGUUUGCUUAACUGAUUGACAGAAACUUUGUUAUUUCGUUCAGUAUGUUGUGGGUCACGCACUAUCAAAGUUACCCCGUUUUACGGUAAUGCCAACUUUCGACGGCAAAAUUUAAGAUAAAAAUGUUUUCUACAGUGUGCAGGAAUAAUCAGAUUAUACUCCACAAAACUACCAAAGUUACCCCGCCUUGCGGUAUGAUUAAGUUUGUAACGGUUACCUCAGCUGAGAAACCUGAUAAAGUCUAGAAGAACACGGUUUUCCUCAUUCAAAACUGCAUUUCGAUAGUCCCGAAGAUGGGGAUCAGUGAGAGAGGUGGGUCCAUGUAUGUAGUGGAUCAAAACACUACAACAGCACUUUAUCUGCUGGGUAAGUGAACGGUAUGUUACUGAAAGCAUACUUUUUGGCGUUUCUUUCGGAAUCUAUGGUAUGGUAUGGUUUUCAACGGCAAAUCGACGCGCGUACAGUAUGGCUCAUAAAAAAAAAAAAAAAAAAAAAAAAAAAAAAAAAAAAAAAAAAAAAAAAAAAAAAAAAAAAAAAAAAAAAAAAAA